AUGGCGAAUCACUGCAGAGCAGAUUACACUCGCGCUGAAACAAGUGACGGAACGACGAAUAUUCCUCUCCUCAGCGAAGAUUCGAUGGACGACGACCAGCACCUCAUCGGAAACAGAGACACUGCUCUCGUUUUCACGGAUGGCGGAGAAGGCGAACACAAAGUCAGAUUUUCUGCAACAUCUACAUCAUCAUCGGCAGUUGGCUCAAACAUUCUCUGGAGGAAAAAGACCACUGUUCUGGUGGCCAUUAUCGUAGUACUUAUAAUUAUUUGCAUCAUCCUUCUUGCCUUGCUGACGCGAAUUCCUAAACCUUGCUCAAAAACAAAACAAACUACAUGCGUAACUGAGGGCUGCGUAAACGCCGCCUAUCAUAUUUUUCACUCUAUGAACCGAUCGGUUAAUCCUUGUGAAAAUUUUUACGAAUAUGCUUGUGGCGGAUGGGUUGAAAACAACCCUAUUCCUGAAAGCAAGUCUUUCUGGGGUGUUUAUUCUGUCUUAGAGGAAAAAAACGAAAGGAUUGUAAAGAAACUCUUGACGGAGUCGUCUUUGACUUCUGAAGCUACACAGAAAGCGAAGACGUUCUAUGACGCCUGUAUGGAUGAGUCAACUAUCAACAAAGUCGGCUCGAAACCGCUGCUCGACAUUAUUAAUCGUCUCGGUGGAUGGAAUGUAACCCAGGAUUGGAAUAAAACCCAGUUUGACUUCGCAAAAUUGCUUCAGAAAGUUCACAGCAUAUAUUCAGUGUCUGCCUUCUUUACAACGGACGUGGAAGCUGAUGAUAAGAAUUCCUCAAAAAAUGCAAUAAAGGUAGGUUAAGAAAUGUGAUUUUGAUUAUUCCGCGUCUUCAUAUGGAGACUUACAAAAGACGCGUCCACGCCGCGGUUGUGUGUAGCUAAUGUCACACAUUUCUAUUUAUAGGUCGAUCAAGGUGGACUUACGCUGUCGAGAAUUUACUAUCUGAAGAACAUGUCUGAUCCGGUAAGUUUCGCUUGCUAUGACUUUAAAGUCAUAGCAAACAAUUUCUCGGCUUUGCUCUGAUUCUUGUCGUGUUAUGACAUGUCUUGAUGCCGUCACUUUUUAUGCUUUUCCCAGAAACUUGUAGCAUACUUGAAGUAUAUGACUACUGUUGGCGUUUUGCUGGGAGGAACGGACAGGAAUGAAACGGAAAGACAGAUGAGAGAUGUACUGGAGUUCGAAAUGAAGCUGGCAAAGGUUUGCAUCUAAACGCACUGAGCUUCUCAACUAAACUCCAAAUGAUCGCCCCAUGUAAAGGAAUCCAAGAGAGUCUUGGAAUCUGGAUUCCACGCCAUGGAUUCCGGAUUCUAGAUACUGGAUUCUGGAUCCUUUGUCAGUGGAACUUGGGGCGCGAUCCAUUCAACCAAAAUCCAGACCGGUCCGACCGGGAAAAGUGGUCCACCUCAAAAGGUGGACCCGUUUUUUCGAAACUUUUCCAGUUGGACCGAACAGAUCCAUUGAGUUUUGGACCGAAAUUUCCGGAAAUUUUGCUUGAAUGGAUCGCGUCCUUGGAUUCCGGAUUACAGUCGUUAUGAGGGUUCCGGAUUCCUUGAGCUGUAUUCCGGAUUCCAAGACCCAGGAUUCCAGAUUCCGGAAUCCUCAAGAGAUAACGGGGGGACAUGCGAAACCUUUCCCUUCUGCCCAGUUGCACUUUGAAAGGUGGGCUGGUUGUAAACCAACCUUUCAGACGGGAUCGUUCACUGAUCUUUGCGUAAGAGCAAAAUUCUGGUGGCGAAGACCUAGCUCUUAACAAAUUUCACGCCAGUGCCUGCCACUGAUCGUUUCGGCUUAUUCUGGCAGCCAGACCUCUGCCAUGUCGAGGAGACCUAAUACCGCUAGCAAGCCAUGCUGUGAAACGCGAGACAAAAGCAGGGGGCGGGGCAGGCAGGUGGGGUGGGAAGAAAAAACCGCACUGUGUCGUCAGUCACGCGUUGCGCUCGAGCGUGUUCCUCGCCUUGCGUUCUUUACUGCGGUUAAACAUCACAAACGAAUGGCUUACAACUGAAAGAAAGGCAACACCUAAGACAACUUCGUCCCCAGGGCGCUUUUACCUGGCUUUGGAGGUGAGCCAGGGAAAAGCGCCCUGGGAGCGAGGUUGCACCUAAGAGCGUAACAACAGGCUUGUCAGCCAGAGUUUGGUAUACAGCAAGCUUGGGUAUACGGUAUUAAUCUGAAUGGAUAAACAGUGCAUUUUCUGCCUCAUUUUGCCAACAUUUUCGGGUGCCUGGAUUACUCCACUUCUCUCAUCAAGGGCUCUUUGGGAAAAAAAAAAUUGGGGGUAUAUCGGCUUUUUUUCGGGUUAUUAUAUUCCCCUUGCCCAUCCUAUAGUGUUGACAUGAUAUCUGUUUGUUUUCAGAUAUUUGUGCCUAAUGUGAACAGAAGUCAAAUUGACGAGAUGUACAACAAAACGAACAUCGCAAAGCUUAAAAAGCUUUGUUCAAGAGUAAGAACGUUAAUGAGUUCCUUGAUAUCAAUUUCACAGGCUGCCACCAAGCCGGUCACUGAGGGAAUUCAUCUCCAGGAAAAGUCGCCUGCAUUUGACAUAUUGAGCGGGUCCAAAUAGACGCGAUUAAGUUUGAAAGAACGCAAAUUCAUUUUUUACCGACGUUUUCACUGCCGUCAUCGUCGUCCUUGCUUAAGGUCCCUAAUGAGACGAUAGCGUAGCCCGCGAAAACAGUCGUCUCUCCUCGCACCUCGCACCUCGCACCUCGCUGCUAGGGACAUUUCGCCAGGUCCCUCCUGGUGAAACUUCCCUAGCAACGAGGAGCAAGGAAAGACGGCUGUAUUCGCAGGCCAGCGAUGGCAAGUGAAGCCGCCUUUGCUCCGUGCCGGUCUUUGUCGAUGGUAAAUUUUGUAACCUGUGACUAUACUAUCUAAGGUCCUAAGGCUACUUGCUUUGCCUUUCCGGCAGCAUAAUCAAACCAGUGGUUCAUUUAUUUCUCUUUCAGAUCCCUUGGCUUACGUUUUUCAAAAAUCACUUUAAGAAUAUAGCUGAUAUAGAGGAAACUGAGGAGGUUGUGGUGUAUGCCACGCGUUAUCUUGAAGUCCUGUCACCUGUCAUAAAAAAUGCAUCAAAAGUGUAAGUAAUCUUUGUUUGUUCUUGUGGAGGAAGCGGGGUAGGAUUUGGGUACUCGCAUAGCAUGCAAAGGCCGCAUUUUAUAACCAGGGGUUAAUCCCGGGGAGGGGGGUAACUCAAGAACAGUCGGGCACAAUAAAUGGUACAGUGAGAUCUCAACCUCUCGUCGGAAGUGGAAAAAAAGCAUCAGCUGGAGACAUUGCUUCAAAUCUCAAAAUUGCAACUAGAAGGGGAGGAGGCGCACCUCUUGGUCCGUUGUUUUAACAACGGAAGUCAUCAAAAUCAAAUCAUUUCUUUCUGGCUGAGUACAGUGCCGGUGAUACAAACAUUAGCAGAGAUUAAAAGUGACGCUUACGGCAAACGGCAAACGUCAGAUUCAAGUUUAGAAUUUGUUUAAAAAGAAAUCGUCUAGAUAAAAACAAACCAAAACGUGAAGCUACUAAUUUUGGGACAGAGGUAACGAUCACUAGAGCAAACUUGGUCACGUGGUACAAAACGUUUGUCGUUUGCCGUUACCGUGACCCUAAAUAGAGAGUUUUAGAUCCGAGUUUACAGCGAACCUCUAACCGCGGUCUGCGGGUACCCGUUUGCAGUUCGACGUUCAAACAUAAUUCGAUUUAGAUUGGCGGUGGAUUAAAUUACGGCCGCCACUUUGAAUCAGCAGCCAUGAAUGGCACUUGUUUUCAAGAUCCAAUAGGAUUUAUAAAAUUCAGCAUUUCGCCCGAAUUUGUGCCUCUGGUAAUGGAUAAAGACUUGCUCUACAAGAUUUUUGUAUCAUUACGUGGGAUGAAACAAGAAUUAUACGCUAAAAGCUUUCAGGUAAAUGGCAUACGUGAAAACCUACCUCCCCAAAACGCACAUAGUAAACCUCAAAAGUGACGCGAAAGACUUGUCACGUGACCUCCAGCGGUUAGAGGUUUGCGGUAAACUCGGAUCUAAAACUCUCUAAUAUCUCUAUUGUCUACUUGGAAAAUCGCCCAACUAAAAUGUUCUGCCAGCGAGCCUUGUAGUCUAGAGCAUCCUGGCCUAAGUUACCAUGGCUUACAACUCAUCUCUCACCCUGUCUUUUAACCAGACUGCUAAACAACUACAUGGUGUGGCGUGUAGUAUCCAAAAUGGCGCCUUUGUUAUCCAAAAAAUUCCGGGACGCUCAUCAGGAGAUGAUUGAAGUGUUAACAGGCUCCAAGAAAUCAGAGGACUUAUGGAAGCGAUGUAUGGGCGAGACUGACGGCGCUAUAGGAAUGGCCCUGGGAUCUCUCUUUAUUGAAAAAUCAUUUGAAGGAACCAGUAAACAACAGGUAAACUUCUGAUAGGGGUUAACUCAACUUGGAUCCCAGGGUCUUCUCAUACCUGUCCCCCGAGGACGAGUACUGAGGAGAGGGCCCUAGGAACGAGAUUGGGGUUAACUCAGUUGUUAGAAAGCACUCACAGCUCUCCUCGAUUACUCUUUAAGGAUAUGGAAAGCAAGCGCGCUAUCGACGGGAGCGCUCCUCCAUGCACGGCGCUUUGUGCUUUUCUGUUGGCUCAAUGCUUGUUGCGUUAAGCGCGUGAUUGCUACAGCACUAUCCCAGUGUGACAAUAAAAGCAAACAACAAGAGAAUCGCAGUCCGAACAAAGACAGGUUGUUAACUGAGGACAGUAGUACUGCCUUUGCUAUGCAAUCGGCUUGACCUGUACGUGACCCGAAGAAAUGUUGGCCCCAUCCCCAACCGGGAAUGAAUUACUGAACACAACAGUUUCUCAAUUGUUUCUUUGGUAAAAAAAAAAAAAAAAACUUUGAUUAGAGAAUAAAGGAGAUGUAACCAGCUUUAUUGCUUUGCUGCGUGAUCGGUGAUGGAGGAAACAUAAAUAGUCCCAGUUGCUUUUGUUUUUUCGUUUCUACCACCGUAAACUGUUCUCGACCCCAAUUUUUACGUGUGGUUUUCACAGACGAUCAUCGAGUUGAAAUUGUCCACUGGCAAUCUGUAAUUGUCCAGUUUUCGCUCAUGUUAAGAAAUCAAAAAAUCGGCAAGGGAAUCAUGGUGAGGCUUUGUCCUUUUCACUCCCAGAGCAAUUAUGGGCGCACAGAAUGAGAGCCUUUCUUCAAAUUUUAUGAUUGCAGGCCACCGAGAUGAUUGACGCUAUUCGUGCAUCUUUCAAGAAAGGCUUGCCAAAUCUCGACUGGAUGGAUGACAAAACACGCCGAGCUGCAGAAGAUAAGGUGAUGUUGAUUGAUCUUAAUUUAGCCAACGUCACUCUGGGAAUGCCAAUAUCCCUCUUAAUUCAUGUUACGCCAAUAUCAGUAUAAAUAGGCCAACAUCUCUCUUUGUAUGCCAGUAUCACUGUGGACAGACCAAUAUCACUCCCUGUUGGCCACUAUUACCCUGGUUACACCCCUUGGGUUGAAGAUAUUCCUCAGCAAUUUUUGUGCCCCACCACCUUCCUUCUCUUUUGACCAGUGAGAGAAAACAUUGCUAUUUUCCUGCCAAAAUGAUGUUUUAAAAGUUGGCCAAAGAAGUACGCGUUUGGAUAAAACGUUUUAAAAGAGCGUUAAUCAAUACGCUAAAGUAUAAGCCUAUUGAAUGGCAUUGAUUGGUUGAUCAAAUAAUUGAUUGAUUGAUUGUAGGCGGAUGCUGUUGUGGACAUGAUUGGUUUUCCAGACUACAUCAAAGACCCACAAAAACUGAAAGAAAAAUAUGACGGGGUAAGUGUUUCUACAAUUUGAUAAUUUAAAACCAGGAAUUCAUCUAUAGACGACACUUCCAUCCAUUAAAAUGAUGUUCUCUCCUUUCAGCUUAAAUUUGACGUGAAGGCGUAUUUUCAGAAUAAAAGGAAUGCUGACGACUUUUACCUACAGAAAAACCUUAAGACUCUACGAAAACCAGUGGAGAAAUACAAGUAUGUUUUCAGAGUUCUUUUAACUCUUUAAGUCCCAAUGGUGACCAACAUCCAUUUUCUCCCAACAAUAUCUAUAGGUUGUCAAAAGAAAAGGUUAUGAGAAUUAGUAAAAUGAUCACCAAAGCGAAAAUGCCUUGAUCUUUUAUCAAAUUCUCUCAACUAAUUCUUAUAGGAAAUGUAUACAGAUCAGUUUGGAGAAUUUGUUUGUGGAUAUUGGGGCUUAAAGGGUUAAGGCCUACCUCGCACAUUCUAGAUGUAGCUAGAUGAUUAUUAAAAAUAUUCUUGAUUUCAUCCCACUGGUGCUUUAAUUUUCUUUCUCUUUUCAGGUGGUACAUGACACCUUCAACAGUCAAUGCAUAUUAUAGUCCGUCACGAAAUCAGAUCGGUGAGUCUUCUUUUUAUUAGUUAGAGUUAAAGUUAGUUUGAAAAACAAAAAAGACCACUUUAGCCCAUUACUUGCAUCGUCUCCCAGGGUCAAUUGUAGAUUUUGAAAUCGAUUUUGAAAGCGGUAAUACUUAGUACUCUGUGUACCAAAUCCUCUAGUGUGCCCAUUCGUAAAAUAUGAAUCUUUUUCAAAAAUUAAAUCACUUUGCAUGCGACCAAAUCAGUGGUUUUAAGUAUUCUGCAAAACGAUCGCAAAAUUUGGAUUUUCCACUGAUUGUGAUGGUAAUGAUGAUGAUGAUGAUGAUGAUGAUGAUGAUCCGGAUGAUGAUGAAACAUUGGUGGUGCAACUUUUUGAGAAGUCGCCAACUAAGUUAUAUUGUACUUUUUUCCAGUAUUUCCAGCAGGCAUUUUACAAGCUCCUUAUUACGACAAGAAAUUUCCAAAGUAAGUUCACACCUAUCACAGAAGGGUUACUGGACGCUAAUUUUUUUUACUUUGCUUUUUUGCUCUAGAAAAAGGCUUAGUUUCUCGAUUCCUACCUCAAUUAGAAUUGUGACGGUUAUCGAGAGAGCCAUGCAAAGCAUUUUACAGUUUUCAUGGAUUCAAAAGCUACAAUAAUGUAGGUAACGGCACCUUCUGAACACUUGCACGUUUCGUGUAUUAGUUAUAAUUAUUUUCUCAGCUUCGCCAAUAGAACUUGCUCACAAAUCGACCAAAGAGAGCCGAUCAAACCGAGUGGGAUUGGAUUUAAAGCCGGAUGUUCUACAUGAGUGAAAAAAAACUUCAGUUCACUUAUUUUUCUUUUUCUGUUUCUUUUUCUUCUUUUUCCAUUUUAUCGCCUUCAGGGUUAUUAACUUUGGUGGAAUUGGAACAGUUGUUGGUCAUGAGCUGUCUCACGGCUUUGACAAUUCAGGUAAACGUUUGUUGCAAUUUCGUUUCAAUUUUCUCCAAAUUCCAUUCGAUAACUGCUCCUCGAUGACGUGCUACUCGAAUGGCUGACUAAUGUUUCAGAUUAGAGUAGCUAGAUAACCGGCAUUCUGAACCAGCUUUUAAACAAAAUAAAACAAACGAAAAUAUCUAAAUUGAACCAACCAAGCGGUUGGCAGCGUGUAUGGUUAGCGAUUGAUAUUUUGUGCUUUCUAAGGCUAAUGCGGUGUGGGUAAUUUCCCUCCGUUACGGUUAACAGACAUCGUAAGAGGAAUCAAUUGUUUUGUAAAAGUUCCAAAUUUCCCACCGGUUUCAGGCCGCUAAGGACCCUCCGGGUAUAUGGAAAGAACGGAUGAAAUAAGGUUCCUCAUUCACAAAAAAAGUAACAAGCAAUACUGGCUAGAAAAGCUUUUUUCACGGUGUAUUUUUUACGACUUAGGGCUACAAAUUUCCAAUUUCGUUACGACUAAAAUGGUUAACCCCAUUGAGACCCGCCGGUGAACAGUCCUCCAUGUUAGUUUUCCCCAGGGAAAAAAGAACAUCGCUUUUUUAUUGUCCACGCCAGAGUUUGAGACUCCUAAUUUACAAUUGUGAAAUCUUUGGUUAGGUCGCAUGUUCGACAAAAGAGGGAAUUAUGGAGUUCCGUGGUGGACUAAUCGCUCAGUGGAGCAGUACAAGGAUCGCAGUGAAUGCAUGGUUAACCAGUAUUCAAAAUUUUCUUACUUUGGUAAACAUGUAAGUACAAAUACCAGUCAUCUAUUAAUCAAAACUCGAGAUAAACCAAAACCUUAAAAGCAGUAUGCUUAAAAAAGAUAUCGGGAAAAAUUGGUGCUCCUGCUGAACUCGAUUUGCGGAAAUCGAUUGGUAACCCUGUUCUGUGCCGUAAAAUGAGGCUUGGUCGUUGUUGUCUUCUGUUAUUUCCUGAGUAGAAAACUUAAAGAGAUUUAAUUCCAACUAGUUGGCUCUUCUACACACAGAGAACGAAUGACAUAAGUAAAGAGAAGUUGGAAAUUAAAAAUAAAUACUUUUCACUCAUCAAAAAAGGAAAAAAUAAGUAUCAGCAGGACUGCUGCCGCUUUUUACUGAGGAUGCGAUAUAUAGAAAAUGGAAUUAAAAAGGACGAAAGGAACCGCCGAUAAUUUUGUGUCGUGCAUUUACAUGCCAUCUCAUCUUCACACUUUUUACAAUGUUUUGAUAGGUAAGCGGAAAAAUCACGCUAGGUGAAAACAUAGCCGAUAACGGAGGCCUGAAAGCUUCUUACAAUGUAAGUAACAGCAACACUUUUUUUUACCCUGCGAGCAGAGGUUUCUUUCUUGCAUGGCUUUUGGCGCGUACGAAGUCUGUCGCGUGGUUGGAUGGUCAGUUACGCGACAGACAAGCCACGCGAACGACUUCGUAAGCGCUAAAAGCCAUGCAAGAGAGCAACCUCUGUUCGCAGGGUACGCAUUUUUAAAUAGAAAUAACUGUGAGCUGAACUAGAAAGAAGUUUGUUGUCAUGUUACUAUCCGAAAUCUAGCUUGUGUAGUAAGCAACGCGCGCAAAAGGGUACUGACACGCACGAGGAGAGUAGUCUUGAUCCUUACGACGUACGCUAUUUCCAUCUUUAAAAAAUGUACAGCAUUUGUUCAAGCAAGCAGGUAAGCGGAAGCCCUUCGAAGGCAAAUGGUAAUGAAAAUAUUGAAUCCUAAAUCUAAAAUCACCUUGCUUUUCUUAAUCAACGAAAGCGAAUGUCCGGAAUGGCCUAAGAAGGCGCGUAGAACUGGACUGGAGAUAAGCUUUGCAAAUGUUAGAAAACUCAACCCCCAACAAGCUUCCUGCGUGUUUGCCUGCGUUCGCUAUUAAGUGAACAGAAUCUAUUACGCAUGCUCUUUUUCACGCGCAAUCAUCGCAAAUUCACGAGAAAAUCGCUCCAAUCCUUCCAGGUUGUCUGCAAACUUUUCCAUUGUACUUUAAUGUCUAUGAUAACAGAUUUAACAUCCUACUAUUAUGAGAUGUUUUUCAACACUAAUCAGUUUUUACACAUUUUUUAGGCUUACAAAGAAUGGGAAAAGAAGAAUGGCCCCGAACAACCGCUCCCUCUGUUAAACAUGACCCAAGAUCAGACAUUCUUUAUGGCAUUUGCACAGGUAAAUUUCAAUUUUUUUUUUCUAAAACAGUAAUCCAUUGCAAUUCACUGGAGCGUCUUAAAUCUGUUAAAUUCAAAGCUAAAGGACAACCGCAACGGACUAGCAGACUCCACCGCGGUCGAAGAGCAGCUGUGGAAUUUUUCGCGUUUUCGAGUUUUAUCCAUAAGGAUUCGAUCUACCAUCAAGUAGAAACAUGGGCAAGGCAAUGCUUAAAAUAGUAGUUAAUGUCUGCCUCUCCUUUUUUUGCUAUUUCUCGAAACGAUUAUCUUCUUUUUGUUGAAGUCGAACGUAACCCGCCCGAGGUAGUAACUCAGCGAAUAACGUCCGUAAUUAUGCAGUUUUCAAACUCUUAGAACGAUUUUAAACUUCCCACACGCGCAACACAGUACGGCGACAUCACAUGUAGUCUGCAGAUGGCUUGGUCUAUGGAAAGGACCAAAGAUUUGAGGCACUUAAAUUUCAAAAGCAAAGAAAACUGAGUGUUUUUAUCGGCCCUUUUGUCAGUUAACGAGAAAAGGCCAUUGCGUUGUUUUCGAGAGAUGAAUAAAAAUUCGAUACUUUUUUCUCAUUUAUGAUUGUAGAACUGGUGCGCCAGCAUUAGAAAACAGGCGGCUAUAGUCAGACUCGAUGAGGAUCCCCAUUCACCAAACAAAUUCAGGUAAUUAUAAUAUAGCUCCAUCUAAUCUAGCCAGUUCUAGGCUCGGAGAUAAAGGACUGACUUCGCGAAACAGAAGCACGCGAAAACAAGUCGACGCGCGUGAUCUGGGAAAAAAAGGGGUGGAGGCUAUCUCCAGGCCAGAGAAAGAGCAACGAAUGUCAUGCUAGGUCUUCUCACUAGCACCUAUCAAUCUUUGAAAAUACAAAUAAAAAAUAAUACAUUAAAUGGACAAAAGAAGUUACUACUCGUGAAACAAACACUUAUCCUCUGGGAAGUGAUUUAUCCAGUGGAUAGCGCUAUCUAACCUUUGAACAUUAACAGGAUUAGCAAGUCGUUUUUUAUGAGCUUGUGUGACCCUCACUUAAGUCUUAGACUAUUCCUUAAACUGGAAUGUACAAAAGCGUGUGUUGUAAGCAUAAAUAAUGUCUUAUGUGUCCUUUCAUUUUUGUUUUUUACAGAGUUCUGGGUACAGUUAUUAACUUUCCACCGUUUGCAGAGGCUUUCAAAUGUUCCCCCGGAAGUAAAAUGAACCCCGUCAAGAAAUGCUAUAUUUGGUAG